CACAAUAUUUCGAAGUACAGAACAGAUUUCGGUCACAAAAUUAGCGUGAAACCAGGAUGCCGCGCUACUACUGCGACUAUUGCGACACCUAUCUCACGCAUGAUUCGCAAGCUGGCCGUAAGCAACACAAUCGCGGCUGGAAGCACCGCGAGAAUGUCAAACUCUACUACGAGCAGUUCCUGGCCGGACAGGGCGUCAUAAUGAACCCUGGAGAGUGGCUAAGAGGACCAGCACCGAUGGGAUCGCUGCCGCCUCGACCCAAUGGACCCAUGAACGGUGGGAUGCCUGGUGGAUAUCCACCUCGUGGUGUCCCCCCUCGAGGUAUGAUGCCUCCCCCUGGACCUGUCAUGCGUCCGCCAAUGUUUCGAGGACCCCCGCGUGGACCUCCGCCGAUGGGAGCGAUGGGUAUGAGGGGACCGCCAGGCCCUGGGGCAAUGGGCGGUCCCCCGCCCCGUUCAAUCUACGGACCGUAAUAGAGCUGUCACUGGCCGAUAGUUCAAAACAAGGAAGAGGAAACUCGGUAUCAAGUCUGCAAUUCAACCGCAUUGACAGGUGUGACGUUCCAGAUUAACAUUGAACCGCAGUUGGGGCGUAGGACCCCAGCUUGGAGGUGUAUGGCGCGUCAA